CAGCCUAUACGGUCAGUUUGACCAGAUAAAUGGACAAAGAAGUCGUGUCGCCGGAGUUUAAACUGCAGAGCGGCUGCUUGAAGCUCCGAGCCAGAAUGAUCGAAUCCUUCCGGAGUUUCCCGAGCACCGCCGAUCUCAAAUAGUCAACUCUUCAGCGGCUCCCGAUCCGGCCUCAUUGAAGUCUGUUGUUGUCGGGUUGGGGGUGAUGGGGUGGACGAGAUUAAUGAAAUAAAGAAAAAAAGGCGAUUUCCUUUCCAGGCACCAUCACUCCUGAGCCCCUCCCUGUCCAGUGAUUUUCGGAUUCGAGGCUUGACAAAGAGACCGACCAUUCAAGAUGAAAGUAAUCAGCGCUGCAGUGCUUAGCGCCCUAUUCUGCACCGUCGUGUCAGCAUCUUCAAAAGUCAAAGAGGAGCACAGGACUGCCUUCUUUGGAGAGGACAUUCACAUCGAUGUCCCGCCUGGAGACCUUGGUGAGGUUGUGUUCAAACCCAGGACCAAUCACUCCUCUGAGGUGGUUCUGCUGAGAGCAGGCAAGGUGGUGAAUCCAAAGGGUCAUCUCAACUCUCUGGGUCACUUGGUGAUGGAGGACGUGCAGGAGGAGGACGAGGGGAUGUUCAUCAUCAAGAACACCAACAACACCAGCGCAACCAAACACCUCAUCCUCAUCGUCAGGGAUUGUGCUGUGGAGCAAGUGGUGAAGUACGGAGAAACUUACAACAUCCAUCUCAACCACGUGGAAGGCCCCAUCGCCCUGGAGUUCAGGUCCAGUCUUGUCCAGGCCAAUCACACUGAGAUACAUCAUGCAACAGAGGCUCCACCUGUGUUGCUGUACAACCAGACGGUACUGGCAGAAGAAUAUGUGGGGCGUCUCAGAGUGUCGGAAAAACGGGUGACGCUGCACUCAGUCAGGAUGACGGACGAGGGGAGCUUUACAGUGCUGGACCGGGAGGGCAAAAUCAGGAAGAGGAACUGUCUGAAUGUCAGAGAGCACCAGAACUUCAUACAGCUCAGCCAUGGAGGCAACCUGAAGAUGAAACUCUACCUGCACCAUUCCAGUGUUAACAUUGCCUAUAGGUCCAAAUCAGACAAACAGGACAGAGUCAUCCUGGACCAGGGGGUUCUGGUGACACCGCUGGACUCUUCGCUGGAGGGCAGGCUGACUGUGGACGGAUCAGAGCUCAUUCUGAAGAAGGCCCAAGAGUCCGACUCGGGCAUCUUCAAAGUGACGGACCUGGCUGGGUUUCCUGUGGCUCAUGUCUACAUAGAGGUAGAAGCCUAUAAGCUGCCUGCCGUGACUGUAGCCAUCCUCUCCAUGCUGGGCAUUAUCGCAUUCUUGGUGCUGUUGUGUCUGCUGUCCUGCAUCUACAGAGUGCACAAGAGGAACGAGAAGAACAAGAAGCUGUUGCUCCUUGCUCAGCAGUCCGGCAAGGGAGACGGAGAGGCGUUCAGACAGGUGGUCCAUGACGCUUACACCAGGUUCACUGAGGAAUCUCUGAUGCAGUCCAUAUGUGAGAAGCCCACAGAGAGCACAGAGGUCACCAUAAAGGGCCUCGAGGUGUCCAAACCGGGCCGCUACCAUACUCUCUCCUCUGACAAUUUCCUGGAGAUGAGCGACUCUGGAGUGGAGUUUACUAACUCUGGCCUCCCCCUGGACAGCGACACUGACGCUGGAACGACCUACGCCUCCCACAAACCCCUCCUGAAUGCCGUCUCUCCCACAGCCGUGACCGAAGAGGUUCACUCCGACAGCCAGGAGGCCACCAUGGCUCCCCAUGGUGACCUCAGUGCCAGCCGGACCCCUGACACCGCCAUGAGUGCCAGCCCUGCCUCCAAUCCUCGCUCAUUUGCUGCAGGCACCCCCGAUGGCAGCCUGCACAGUGCUGCAUCACCGGGAGUGGCCUCCAGGGGCACUGCUGGGUCUGAUUCAGCCAAGACAGAAGGAGGGGCUGACAGUGAAGAAUCCGGGCAAAAGGAGGAAACAGCUCAGAGCACCUGAGAGGAUGCACCACAGUCUAUUUUUUUUAAGCUCAUCAUGAUCAUACAGUACACAAUCCACAACAAUCUGGCUCUGUCUGACAUCCCCAAACACCACCAAGUCCUCAAUCACUGUAUUUGAAAUGUCAUAGACAAAAUAUUCAUGCUUGGACUCAGAAGUCAGUUUAGCCUAGAAGAAAAUAAUAAAAAGGCAGCUGCACAACAUGCACAAUACAAAAUGUAAUGCACUGAGCACAGAAAAAUUAGAAGCAAAGAAAAAAAGUUAGUUUUUUGUGCAAAUGGAAAAUGCAUGCAUUUAAAUUUAAGUAGAUAUCAUAGGUCUAACGAAAAAUGCUGACGUUAGAGUAGACUGAUGCAUGUGAGCUUCGACGGGCCGAAGAUGCACAGGGUUAAAAAAGAAAUAAUGAUGAUGUGAAAAGGGUAAAACACUCUCAGCACUUUCAGGAAAUUUCACCGAAAUGGGAUCAAAUGGUUACACCUCCUGUCAAAAGGUUGUCAAAAAAAAAAAUCCAGGUUUGACAGUUGGAUUCAGCAGGCUCUGAGAAAUCAAACAUUAUUUUCUUAGACCAAGGCCACUACCAACAGCAGCAAAGAGCUUCUCCUGUGCUGAGGCGUACCGCAGCGUGUUGCCUCUGACAGCACUUUUGUCUGCUCUGUCUGCAUCAGACAACAUGGCAAUGAUUGCAUUUCAACCCACUCAUACACAGACUCUAAUAUUAAGAAUACAAGUGUGUCAGAAAGCGUCUCCGCCUCUCAGACAGAAGCGCUUGUCUCAGCACUCGUUCAUUGAUAUAUCCAUGAGAAAAAACCUCCUCAAUGUAUUCUGAAAAACCUGCAAACUGAAACAAGCUCUGUAGAUUGAAUACCGCCACUCCUACUUGAGUGCUGAUGGAUCAUUUUUUCCCUUUCUCUCAUAACUUUGGUGUCAAAUACGCCACAUUUGUAUGCAUCAUCAAAAGAAUCCCGUCAUGACGUCCACUUCAUCUCACUCACACUAAUGAUGAUUUCCAGAGAAAAUACCCACAGGAGCAACAGCAAACUGUAGUAACUACCCUAAUCUAUUUGUAUUUUUUUUUCCCUUCUGUGGAGUUGUCACAAGCCCUGUCAGUGCAAAAUAAAAUUUGGAGAAUACAGUGCAACACUUCUGGGACUUUUGGAACAGCUCCCGGGAACAUAAUUGGAUUUUUGGUGUCUUUGCAAGGAAGGGCCGAUUCAUGGACACCAUAGAGUGAGAAGCAGUGAUAAAAGAGACGACAGAGAUGGAACACGGUACUAUUCGGGGAAGAGAUAAAUGACUUGCAUGAUUUAAAGCAUCCUAUUUUCAUCUCGGCUCCCAUCCAUCGGACAGAGCUCUGAUUAUUGUAGCCCAGUUGUUUGUCAAAAUGAAGUCACUGGAAAGCAGCUGUAUCAAUCUAAGAUAACGAUGCAGCCUACAGCCCCAAUGGAAUGAGACUGAAUAACAGUGAUUAUGAGAGGUGUGUGUAGGUCUUUGUGUGUGUGUGUGUGGAGGGGGGAUUCAUAUAAAGCAACCAACAAUAUAACACAUUCAGUGCUCUGCAUGGAGACAUGAUUCCUUUCAGCUCAUGAAAAAUAGGAAAUGAAAAAGAGGUGGACAUCCUCGGAGUAUAAAAAUCCUGAAUUAAUACAUUUGCUGCUUGUGCUGUAUGAAUCCAAACCUGCCAACUGUGAAACAUACAAUCCAGCAAAGCUUCUAUUGACGUUCCAGUAAUAGCGAGUAGUAUGUGUAAUAUAAGAAGGUCAUAUGUUUACAACAACUGCAGUUAAAUAGUAUUCAGCCAUUCCAUGAGCAGGUUGCACCUUUUGAGUCAAGGGCAUUGCAAUCCCAAUAACUGACUAAUAAGUUCAUACUGUAGAUUUGUUUAGUAUAAGGCGCUCUAAAGCAUGUGAGGAUGGUGGUACACAAAUACCACAGGUAGCUUCUAAAGAGAUUGUUUCCCCCCAGAAAACCACCCCAUGUGUUGUUUCUAUAGCAGCUUAUCAUAUAUCAGCCCAUAUUUAUGUUUGUAGUAAGCUGCGCCCUGUAGGCAGGGGUGAUGUUAUGGAGAGUAAAAGCAAAGACAGAAGUGAGGAUACGGAGUGUAAAGAAUGACAAGGUCCAUUUGGGGCGGGCAGGAGGGGGAUUCGCCCCGGGAGAUGGCUGUUCGUAUGCUAUGAGAAACCAAAACUCAGCUUUGUUAUUUGAAGUUAUGUAACUUUAGUGUGUAGCCCCGUGCGUAGCUAUGUCACCUACGUAACUACCUCACAUCCAGUAGUUACGUCCAUUUAUUUCACUUUUUCAACCACUUUUUCCAAGCCUUACUAUGUACUUUUUCUCCUACCCUUAACCAACUUUUAUUGACUAAAAUUAACCAAACUGCAACCGUUUUACAACAUUAACGAUGUGUUUACAGUGGCGAAUGUUACAAAUGGGUAUGAGGCUGGUUGAUGUCCUGCCACUGGUAGGGGUGCUAAUUUAAAGCCCGAUCCUCUGGAGGGUAUCAGUAACAAACAACGCAUGGUUGUAUGUUUUAGAGGACUUGUUGCUUCAAAAUGGAUAAAAUCUGUAGUUAUGCUUUUUGUCUAACUUGUGUCUUUCAAGGGUCUACACUUUACAAAAGAGGGCCUGGCUCAUUGAAUUACAAAAUCAACAACGAUAUAGUUAUUUAUGGGAGAAAAAAAAAGAGAAGACACAAGUGAUAGAGUAAAGAAAUACAGAUGAGAGAGCGGAAACACUGGCAUAAGUUCAAACACAUGCAAAAAGAGGAGCGUAAACAGAGUCAAUUAGAUGAAGCUCUUGCAGCAGUAACAACUGCUGUGGAAUAAUUAGUUCCCUUUCCUUGCUGUGGGCUAAUUCUUGUCACAGGAAACUAAUAAUAAGUAAUUCACAGCAAAAACUUUUCACAGAAUGAGAGCGAGACAUCACACAUUGCUGAGGAAAAAGCAUGUUCUCCCAUCCGCAGGGCCAAACACCCUGUGAUGCCUACAGAGCUCCUGCAACACUUUUACACCUUUAGAAUGAAAGCAGUGUUCACUGCAACAUCAAUCACAUACUUCACCCACUGAAACACACCAAAACACAGAGAUCUCCAUCAUCGCAGGGCUCUACUGUCCCAAGGAUGCCAUUUAGAUAUCGUUGUUAUUGUUCCAUUGACAGCUGUUAGCAGUAUGGCUACCUCGCGCUGUAAUGGAAUUGAUGUCAACCUGGAAAGUCUGAAAGAUUUACAACCUUCACUCCUCCAAGGGUUACUACAAGCAGGCAGACGGCCACGGAUGUUUGUUGCCUGGACAAGAAAAGCACAAAAUUGAACAAGUGAACCUUUUGAAACAACAAAAAGGUUCACAUUGUAAUUUAAAUAGGGUAAAAAUAUAAGUAGCAGAACUUGUAAAUACAAUUUAUGGAUCUGAAAAAAACUAGUUCCCUUCUUAUUCAGGAAAAUGUUUGAAUCGAGUCUUUACUUGUUGCGGAGGUAAAUGAAUCAUGAGUGUGUAAAAUGACUUGCAUACCCUACUUUUAAUUUUGUAUGGCUGUUUUGUAGGGAAACAUGUUUGCUCGUGCAGGGACUUCUUGACUUGAUCAGAAAUGUAUAUUAAUGCACAGAGGCAACAGUAAGGCUCCUGACUUUGUGUUUGAUGUAAAUAUUAGGUUGAUAUCAGGUUGAUUCUUAAAAGCUCUGAUAAGGAUGUUAGGUGGACUUAAUGACAAAUUGAAAGUUGAAGGAUUGAUUUAUUUUAAUUUAAAUCUAAAGCAAUAUUCAUUAAAAUAGCACUGAGACAUUACGAACAUCCACCAGGCGUAACGAGGAAUCUGACACAGCACAUCUCCACAUCCGUCACUCUUAAUCAUCCUUUUUUCACUGUUGUAAAUAUAAAGAUGUGUGAUCUGCAUGUGAAAAUACUAAUCUGUUUCUUACUGCAAGGCUUAUGCAAGAUUUUAUACUAUCCAAACGCUGCGUUAAUCCUUUAAACCCACGUCCAUAGCAGGUAGAAAAGUAACAUGUAGUGCUGGAGACGCUUUCAGCUGGGAAGAAUCUCCAGUCUAACUUACGGUGAUGCUGUGUGAAAUCCUUUCAUUAACCUGUGCUUUAGCUGUGUUAGAGUGUCUGUAGUCACUUCAGUGGUGCACUGUUUGACACAGUAACAGUGAAGGUAAACAGGUUCUUAUUAAGACUCAAAGUAGGACCAAGAUGGAUAGUGCAUGUUGUAGAAAUCAUGUCAAAAAACAACAUGUUAUUAAAGGGAUAGCCCAGAUUUAUGAAGUGGGAUUGUAUGAAGAAUUUAUCCAUAGUCAGUGUAUUCCCUGAAACAGAUUAUGGUUGGCAUGGCCUGAACAUUUCUGAGGAACAGGAAGGGGUACUGACAUGGAAGCAAAGCAAUAUACUGCUGCCGAUUGGUCCACCAGACUUCAUUGACAAAAAACAUAAUUUUACCUCACAGAACACAGGAGUUGGUGGUCUUCUGCUGCCUCGAUCAGUUACUUCUUAUGUGCUGCUGUGUGUCUUUGGUGUUAGUCCAGGUCCACCAAAGUCCCACAAUAACACAAAAUAACUUAACAACCGAAAAAUGACUAAAAUGACUGUUUUUUGUCAAUGGAAUCUGGUGGUCCUCCUCAAAUUAAACAAGGCUGUCUGACAGCAAGGUAAAGUAGUAAAAAAUAGUUUAAAUAUAAAUGUAUUAAAUAUAACAUAGAUCUAAAGAUUUAGGGGUUACAUGAUAUAUUGGGAUUACCAAUAACACUGAUAUCUAGACAAGUAAAUAUUGAUGAUAUGUUAAUUAUACACAUAUGGUAAUAUUGUGUUAAUAACCCACCAUCUGUUAAAUAACUUCACUUUUCUCUGGUUACGCUUUGUCUUUUUCCCCCAGUUCAUCUGGCUGCCUUUUCACUAUUCAUUACAUUUAAUUGUUUAUUUGUACACUUUUAUACAGUUAUGAGUAGUACAGACUUUUCAUCUCCCUACACUCGUAUUUAACACGGAAUUAAAUUGCCAAAAAAGAGCCGAAACACAAACAAAUAAAUUUAAAGAUGAAUUUGACUGAAAACAUUCUUAUUUUCAAAUUUUGUAUAAAUAACGCAAGAAAUGCUAAACUUGUAGUGGUGAAAAACCUGAUAUUGUAUAUAAUAUACUAGGUUUUUACUAGAGUUAGGUUUACAUUUUGCUGCUGUCCCUGUCCACAGCAGUACCUUGCUUCAUUUCUGUGUUGGUGCUUCUGCCUGUCUUUCCAAAAUGCAGAUAAUACACUGACUAUGCUGAACUAUCCCUUAAAUUUGCUGAUGUGGUGAAGAAAAACACCUGAUGUAAAGAGAUACUCCAACAUUGUGGGAAGAUACACAAAGUUGGAUUAACAAGAGGUUUUUCUGUUUUUAUUUCUGACUGCGCCAACAGGUUACAUUCUUUUAGAUUCAUGGAACAACAAAGGGGAUUUAAGAAAUUUGAAUAUAUGUCAAAUACUAUUCACAAACAAUGUUUAGUGUUGGAUUUAACCUGCUUGAAGAGGAUGGCAACAGAACGAUUUAGAAAUCCAUUCACGAUUUCAGUGAAAAGUAUAGUUUUUACAUUCAAAAACACUGAUAGUAGAUUUUAGAGGCAAGAGAGUCUGCUUGUAUCAGAUCUUUUGUGAAUGUAUUGAGCUGUUUUUGAGUGAAGAUGAAAUAUUUCAGUCUCUGCUGGAGGGUACUUAAGCGUUGUUCUGCAGGGUGAAGUGCCACGAGCCUCCUUUGGAUUUCAGUGUGUGCCCUGAUGGAAUAAUAAUAGUAAAGUUCAGACAAUCAUGGCUGAUGACGGCUUCAUGAAAGGAUUUCACUCUCCGUCAUUCAACCUUGUCUGAUGUUUUCUGUUUCAUUACACAUCUGAGCCGCUAUUCACAAAGCCUGUCAGAACAGAAAGUGCUGAUCCGUGUGUGGGUAGGGCGAGAUUUAAUAAAAUGUUCUUUCAAUUCUGGUAGAUUCAAUCUUCUGUUAAUCUACUAUUCUCUGUAAUUCCAAAGAAUGUAAUGAAAAAACCUUGAACUGAUGCCUGCAGUGCUACAGUUUGCUGAUACAUCUGAUGAUGAUAGAAAUUUGCUUUAGCUCAAAAUAUCAGAACUGUCAACUGCAGUUUUUGACACUGAGAUCAAUUAAUUUUUAAUUCACUCCAGUGCAACUCAGUGGCUCUUACUGUGAUUGAAUUUAGUCUUAUGUUUGAUUCAUGGCAGAUAAUUGGAUGAAUAACUGAAAACCACUGGUCUUUGUCACUGUAAGCUAACAAACUGAUCCCAGUUCAGCAGCACUCCUGCUCUGGUGGAGAAUUAUUCAGAAAUGCAUUGUACUCUGUCUGCUCGGAAAUGAAGAACUGUCAACUGCAGUUUCCGCCACUGAGAUCAAUUCAUUUUAAUUCACUCUGGUGAAACCCAGUGGCUCUUACUGUGAUUGAAUUAAGUCUUAUCUUUGAAUCAUGACAGAUAAUUGGAGAAAAUAACUGAAAAACCACUGGUCUUUGAUAUUCUAAGCUCACAAACUGAUCCCGGCUCAGCAGCACUCCCGCUCUGACUGACAACUAUUCACAAAUGCAUUGUCUGCUUGGAAAAAAAAUGAUUUUGUAGUCACAUGUCUGUCCCCACCGUGAUACUCCCAGCACCUGAGAAUGUUUUUUAUACAAGAAAAAAAAAACGCCACUGAAAUGAUAUUCCUAGAAAUAAUUUUCAUAUAAUCAGUAUAUUUACUUUGGGACAUCUGCAUCCCAAAGUAAUGCAUUUACUGAAAAAAACAAAAAACAAAACAAAAUCGCACUUCUUUUGAAUGAUGAAUGAAUACAUGUCAUUGUCAGAACUUUUUGUAGCAUUACAUUUAGCACCAAAAAAAACUACUCCUGCUACUAAUGUGCUUAUAUUUCUCCAUAAUCUGAUAUUAUAGCCUAUACCAGCUGUCCCAGUGUAUACCUAAGAGUUAGUGUAACUGCAGCAUGCUGACCUGUAGAUUGCUUGUGGGACAGCAGCCGUACUGCUGAUAGCUAAUAAUGAUAGUAAUAAUAGAAAUUGCACUUUUUCUGUACAGCUGGCCUCCUGAGUCCAUCCUGAUCUUGUUACUGAGAUCUGGUCCUGGUUUCCUUUGAUCCUCCUGACUCUUAAUAUCACUGUAUACUGAGAAUGAUAGUUAAAGGAGAAUACUGUUUUUUUAAGGCUUCUGCCAAUAAUCUAUGGGUUUUUUUGCUGUUUUUUUUGCAAUUAAAAAUAUAUUAUUUGACUUUAAGCCUCUAUUUGGCGGAGUCAGACUUAGUUUUAUUGUGUUAAUUUUUAUUUAAUCAUAUCUGAAUUGAGCUUUUCUCAUUUCUGGCAGAAAUAAAAGUCUCCACCUACAAAAUAUUAACUGUUAACAAUCACGCUCACUACUUUUGUGGCAACAUUUAUGUUUAUGUUUAUCUGAGACACCUUUCACUGGAACAAACUACUCUCCUUUAACAUCACUUCUGGUAUAUAAUAUGCACAGGCUCCAAUUCUUAAGUUUUAUUUAAAAGUUUCAAUUCAUCAUUCUAAAGGGCAUUAACGUUCGCAUCCUAGAGGUUUAUUUUCUGUGCAUUAAGUGUUACGUUCACAUGUUGGGAAACCCCCGAGUCAGGAUUGCUCUUGAGGCUAAAACUAGAUCAUAUUGGUUGUUUUAACCCAUGACUCAGGCAGGAGAAGUAUUGUUAUUGUCAAUAUUACGGCUCUUGCUUCUGCAAAAAAGAAAAGAAAUGCAAUUAAAACAUUUUACACUACAAAAAAAAAAUCACCUGCUUUGACAGACUAUUAAAAACUGUAUAUUUGUGGGUUAACAUAUAAAAACAAUGUGU